AUGGUACUCGAGGCCUUUGCCGCGUUGUCACUGGCAGCCAACAUUAUCCAGUUUGUCGACUUUAGCGGUAAGCUGUUCACAAAAGCGCGACAGGCGCAUCGUUCCGAGAAUGGAGCAACCCAAGAGUAUGCAGACCUUGAAUCUACCUUGGAGAGACUCGAAAGUCUCAAAGAAGAGCUAGUUUCCUCAACAUCUACUGUUUCUCAAUCACCAGGUACUACUGGCGGGGAAAGGGAACUAGCCAUCCUCGCAAAAGAUUGCACCGAGCUUGCUGAUGAGUUUUCCACCCUUCUCAAGAGUCUCAAAGGCCGUGGAAAAGCGGGAAAAUUGGAGAGUCUAUUGCAAGCGGCGCGAGUCAUGCUGAAAGAUAAUGAUAUCAAUCUUGCAAAAUCUCGCCUGAAGGAAUUCCAGACACGCGUCACUGUCUGCUUGUUGACAAUACUGAGGAGCAACCAAUCCAACGUGACCAAAAUGUUGGUGGAGCUUUCGCAUCACGCUGGCCGAGAGGAAACACGCGCGAAAGAUCUCUUGGCUUGGAAGGCCUCUGUGACUAAGAAACUACGUGACAUACAAUCGUCUUCCGACAAUGCUGUGAACUACAAUGACAAUCUAUCCUCGAAACUCAGCGAAAUUGCCUCUGAUCUGUCAGAAUGGGCCACAACUGGAAACCGGAUCGCUACCCAACAUCGCAUUUUAAAAAGCUUGCAUUUCGAGGCCAUGAACGUCCGGCACACGCAAAUCCCAGAGGCCCAUAGUAAAACGUUCGAAUGGGCAUAUACAUCGCGAUCAAUAACAGACCGCUCUUGUAAGCAAUUCAAAUUCGCUGAGUGGUUACGAUCUGGAGACGGCCAUUACUGGAUUGCUGGCAAACCGGGUUCUGGAAAAUCAACGCUCGUCAAAUUUCUGUACGAUAAUCCCCGCACACUCUUGGAGCUGGAAGAUUGGCGUGGGCAGAAAGAGUUGGUCACUGCAGGUUUCUUCUUCUGGAAUUCUGGCACAGAAAAACAAAGAUCCAUAGAAGGACUGCUUCAGUCGCUUUUGUUCGAAAUCCUAAGAAAAUGCCCGACACUUAUUCCUAUCGUAGCACCACAAAGAUGGCAAGAACAGUCUUUGCACCACUCAGAAUUCACACCCUGGCUCCAGAGGGAGAUUAAGGAUACGUUUCGGCGUAUUCAAGAGCAAGGCACCAUAUCUUCAAAGUUCUGUUUCUUUAUCGACGGCCUUGAUGAGUACGGCGGAGACCAAUCAGAUCUCAUCAAAAUACUUCAAGACCUUACGCUAUCAUCUGAUAUCAAGCUAUGUAUCUCAAGUCGGCCCUGGAACAUCUUCCAAGAUGCUUUCGCCCAAGAUACUGAACGCAAACUCCUUUUGGAAGAUCUUACAAAGCCUGAUAUUGAGCGGUUCGUUCGUGACAAGCUGGAGUCUAGCCCGCAGUUCAUGUCGUUAAUCACCAGGGAUAGUCGAUACGAUGAACUUGUUGAAGAGAUUGUGCAAAAAGCCGAUGGAGUAUUUCUAUGGGUGUUUCUCAUUGUUCGAUCGCUCUUGCAUGGCCUAGUAAAUUGCGACCGACUCUCUGAAUUACAGCGCAGGAUACGUCUACUCCCAUCAACACUGGAAGAUUACUUUCUGCAUAUCCUCUCUAAUAUGGACGAAGCCUAUUCGGAACGUGCAGCUGAGACUUUCGAAAUCGCUCUCAAAGCUACCUACCCUCUAUCCUUGCUUACAUACUCUUACAUCGAUGAAGACGACCCAUACUAUGGAAUCAAUGCAGAGAUCAAGGAGCUGUCGCCUCAAGAGACCAUUUGCCGACUGCAAACUAUGAAAAGACGCAUCAACGCACGCUGCAAUGGACUACUCGAGAUUACGAUUGACACUACCAAAGAAAAUCCACCUGAGCUUUUCAAAAAUGCUAUCGGCGAUCCAGGAGAUUUGUUCAUUUCAAAAAAUGGGUUCAAAACGGUUGAUCUUUUUCGCACAUACAAGGUUGAUUUUCUCCACCGGACAGUUCGUGACUUUCUCCACACUGAGGAAAUUCAGAAAAUGCUUAGGCAAAACAGAAAGAGCGAUAUUCAACCGUUAUCCAUGAUAUGCCAAGCAUUACUAGCUGAAGUUAAAGCAAUACCAACUGGUCGUGACUUUGGUUAUCUAAGAUAUGCGCACCUUAUCCGGCAGGCGGCUGACAACAUCCUUUACUAUGCGCGAGUCUCCGAUGAAGAAUUUCGGAACCCUGAAGUACAGACGCUGGAUGAACUAGAACGUACACUGUUAGUUCUAUCAUCGAAUCACGAGAUCGAAGGAGCCAUAUUACCCUUGUCUGAUGUUCGGGGUUUAGGGUUUCGAUAUGGAUCCUUUUAUGAACUUGUAGUUCAAGCUGGGCUCAGUAGCUACGUCUGUUACAAGUUGCGUUCAUCCUCGGGAAAGCGCUCACAGCCGAGCCUCAAGCAGUUACUAGCCGUUGCAGUGAUUCCAUUGUUGUCAGAAGAGGGUACGGUUCACUUUCCGUCCAUGUUCCGGCUCCUCACAGAUGCAUUAGAGGAGCAGCGAACAGAGGACUGGACUGCAGUCGCGCUACCAUCUCUCUGGGUCCAAUUUCUGGCGAACAUACCAUAUAACCUGGAGAUGCUGUCCAAGGGGCAAACAGAGGCCGUUUUGCAAAUAAUCUACAUGUUUCUUGAUAUUGGUGCCGAUCCUAACGAGCAAUCCGUAGCAUGGGAAAGUACGCUCCAGGAUCCUGACGGGCAAUGCGAAGGACAUGCAGCAUGGGAAAGUACGCUCCAGGAGCUCAAGGAUCAAGUCGGAGAAGGACGUUUCCGCGUGAGCGGAAACGAAGUGAUGGAAUUCAUCGAGAAGUACCGAAACAUCUUCCUAGCUUACGAGUGGAAUCGUAUCCCGCAAAGGCCUCUGUGCAAGUGA